CAUGUGCAAUUCAAUUUUUGACCACGCUGCGUAUGCUUCUGUGUAUAUAACUAUCAUUAAGUGUUCAGUUUUACUAUUCUGGUACUUAAACGCUCAAGAAAAACAACAAUCACAAAAUGGGCAAUGCUCUCACAACAGCUUCUAUAUCAGCAGCAGAUGUAAUAGUACCAGCAUCUCAACACAUUAGCAAACCAGAAUCCCAUAGGACAAAGAAGUAUGAAGGUGAACCACCACCAGAAUGUCCUAUGCACAAGAAAAGUCAAUUAAAUACUAUAAGUUAUGUUAGUGAAUGUCCGAUAGAUAAAAUGGAUGAGAGUGAAAUAAAUCCAUUAAAUAUGAUGCCGCCAGCAAAUCAAAAACCUGCACCAGAUCAGCCGUUUUCUUUGCCGACUGAUAGACAGAUUUCAUCGAUUCCCAAAGCAGCUGAAGAAGGAGGAUUUUGGGUAUAUCCCUCGCAGCAAAUGUUCUGGAACGCUAUGUUGAGAAAAGGAUGGCGAUGGAAAGAAGAUGACAUAUCUCCGAAAGAUAUGGAUGAUAUAAUAAAAAUUCACAAUGCUAACAACGAACAGGCGUGGCAAGAAGUUCUUAAAUGGGAAGCUCUUCAUGCCCGAGAAUGUGGCAACCCGAAAUUACGUAGUUUUGGUGGGAAGGCAUCCAAGUAUUCUCCACGUGCGCGUAUUCGUUACUGGAUGGGGUACGAGCUACCCUUCGAUCGGCACGAUUGGAUCAUAGAUCGUUGCGGGAAAAACGUGAGAUACAUUAUUGAUUACUACGAUGGUGGCAAAGUCAAUGAAAAAUACACAUUUGCAUUACUUGAUGUAAGACCAGCGAUGGAUUCGUGGGAAAAUAUCUGGGAUCGUAUGAAAGUGGCAUGGUGGCGAUGGAGAUACCAAUCGAACAGUAAUUCAGUGAACGAAACUAUUGUCUCAACGAAUUAACUUGUUAAAUGUUAGAGUUACUGUAUGAUACCGCUAGUCUUACGAUCGUUCAUUACAAGUAACAAUUAAUGCCUUAACGAUUACGUAAUACGUAAUAUUUAUGUGUGAAAGAACUUUCGUUGUAUAUAUAUAAAAAUUUUUAAUAUCAUAAGUAACAAAUUUAUUUAUGAUGUUUACUUUGCGGUAAGUUUGCACUGCUUUUAAAAGCGAAUUUGAAACUGUGCUCGCACACAAUAAUUAAUACAUUUUGUGCAUAUUUGUAUCAAAUAUUCACAAAUGUACACACACAUUUCAUAAAUCAGAAUAUCAUGUCGUUAAUUUUAUAUUCAUACUUAAAACUUGACAAAUAAUUUCUUUUGUCAAUUUCUUUAUAUAAACAGGGAAAUUGAUAUAAAACGUGUUCAACUUUUAUCGCUUGUUGUAAAUAAACCCAAUGAAAAU